AUGGCGGGCUCGUCCCUGCGUGAUGCGUUCCACGACAUUCUUUCCCAGGGCGAGUUCUGCUACAGCGGCGACGCGGUUGUGCAGGAAGGCGACCCGCCCAGCCGCAGAGGGCCGCUGGCGGGCGGGACUGACAGAUCGCUUGCCUCCUCGGGAAAUGUGUCUUCGCUGCGCCCCCUUCCUCUCUUCGCCGAGGGCGAGGGCGACGAGCUGGACUCCGAGGAGAGCGCCGCGAGCAUUGCAGCUCGAAGGCGCCGUGCGAGAGAGAAUGCGCGAGCGAGCCGCGCCGCAGACUGCCCCGCAGCGGGCGGUCGCUCAGGUGAAGGCACACCUCAGUUGCGAGGAGACCGCACGGCCAGUCCACGACCGAAGAAACGCGACCGCUGGGCAGGUUGUUCGCUGUCUUUUGCGGGCGAUGACCGCGCCUCGAGGGAGACUCGCAACAACGGGGCGCAGGCCGUUGAGUGCCGGACUGUGGUUUCCGACGAAGAGCGCGACGGAGACGCCGGUUUCAAAGGCGCGAAGGGACUGCUGAACCCGAGCUCCUUUUCGCAAGGGGCGGCGGUCAGCGAGCCCGAGUCCCCGCCGCGGGAGGGGAGACGCCACGCGAAGGAGCGCCGGCGAGGGAGCGACGAGGAAGGCGAGUCUGGCGACUUUGAAGAAACGGAGGAUGUUCUCCGCAUCCUCAUCGCGACAGAUACGCACCUGGGCUACAAGGCUGAAGAUAGCGAGCGCGGCGGAGACAGCUUCGAAACGUUCGAAGAAAUCCUUGAGCUUGGAAGGAAAUUGAACGUUGACUUUCUUCUCCACGGCGGAGACCUUUUCGACGAUAACCGACCUUCCCGCACGACGAUGUAUCGCACCUUCUGCUUGCUGCGGCGAUUCUGUCUGGGUGGCGGCGCGGUGCGCUUCGAAGUCUUGCCUGGCGCGUGUGAGGCCUCCUCGCAGGCAUCGAAAACGAAAACUUGCCGAGACGAGGGAAGUGAGAAGGGUCGGGAUGCUGCAGGCCACGCGCCCCCAGCGGCCGUGGACAGCUUUCGAUUCGGACUCAACUUCCUCAACGAAAACAUCAACAUCUGCAUGCCGAUCUUUGCGAUGCACGGCAACCAUGACGACCCUGGCGAACAAUCGCAUCUGUCUCCUCUUGAUCUGCUUGAAGCGGCACAACUGAUCAAUUACUUCGGGCGCACCGAGACUUCCGACGAGGUGAUCGUCAAGCCGAUUCUCAUUCGGAAAGGCCUAACCAAGGUGGCGAUCUACGGCGUGGGCUGGAUCCGCGAUGCCAGGCUCCAUCGAGCCUUCAGCAAUGAAAAAGUUCGCUUUCUUGUCCCGACUUCGACAGACGGGGACGCCUCCGCCAGCGACUGGUUCAAUAUCAUGGUCGUUCACCAAAACAUGUACAAGGGCGCCUUCGGCGGUCAGCCCGCGAAGAACUGCGUUCACGAGCAGAUGCUUCCCUCCUUCCUCGACCUGGCGAUCUGGGGGCACGAGCAUGACUGCCACGUCGACCUGCGCGAGUCCCCGCAGGGGACUUUCAGCAUUCUGCAGCCGGGUUCGUCCAUCGCCACCUCGCUGGUCGCUGGCGAGGCUCUCCCCAAGCACGCGUUCCUGCUCGAAAUUCGGGGCGACACCUACCGCAUCACGCCGCACCGCCUGCGCUCUGUGCGUCCGUUCAUCUUCGAGGACAUCGUUCUGAGUGACCUGCUGCAGCCGAAGGAGCCUUCGCUGGCCGCCUCGUCGGGGCUUUCAACCUCGCGCUCGCAGGCCCAGAAGGUGCGCAGCGACCAGCCCUUCGAAGACCGCGACGUCUGGCAGUUCCUGACGGACACAGUGGAGGAGCUCCUCGCCAGACACGCGCGCGCGACCCCGCGCGUGGAGGCCGAGCGCGGAGAUGCCGCAGAGGCGGCGGCAGCCGGGCGCCGCGGCGAGAGCCUGGCGGUCAGCGAGGACGCUUUCGAGUUAUUUUGCAACUACUCAACCGGGAAGAAGCGGAAACUGCCUCUUGUGCGCCUGCGCGUGGAACACUCGGGAUUCUCAACCAUCAGCACCGCGCGGUUCGGUGCGCAGUUCGUAGGCCGCGUCGCGAACCCCGGAGACAUUCUACACUUUUACCGAAAGCGGAAAGCCGCUCGCCAAACGGCAGGCGACAAGGCCAAGCAGCAGCUUCCGGACCUGGAGAUUGAAGAGGUCGCCGGCGCUCACGAGACGUCUGAAAUUCGCGACAUCAUUUUCCAUUUUCUGGAGGAAACCAACACCCUGGACCUACUGCCUGAGCCAGAUUUCAACGUCGCUGUUCAGGACUUUGUUGUAAAGAUGGAUGCCAACGCCAUCACCGCUUUCGUGGAUCGCAGUCUGAAGGCCGCUCGCCGCGAGGCGAAGAGCAAACUACUCGAACUCGCCCCGGAUCUCUCGCAGGAUGUCGAGCCCGCGGACGUUCAGGCCGUCAUCUCGGAACGCACGAAAGGCAUCCGCGAAAAGCGGCUUCGUCAAGGCUUUCCAGACGAAGACGACUCUCUCAUGGGCGAAAAGAAGGAAUUUCAGGAAGCGGAGCACACCGUCCAAAGAGGACGAUCUCGGCCGCGAGACGAGACUGCGGCGGCGCACGCAGAGGAAGACGACUUCGUCUUAGAGACGCUGGACAUGAGCCACCUUCCUGAACGGAAGACGCAGAGCCGGAAAGACUCCGCGCAUCUCCUCGACGAGGCCGAGUGGUCAUUGGGCGCCAGCGAGUCGGCGUCCUCGGAAGGCGACGCAGGGGCGGCCGCGCGGUCGGCGGCGGCGGCCUCGAGAGGCGCGCGAGGUCGGAAAAGAGGCACGGCCUCGGGACGCCUCGGAGGCGCGAAGAUGAAUCGGAGCGGCGACGCCGUUCUUGAAGCCGCGGCGCCUGAGGAGCGCGGAAAAAGAGGAGGGAAGGCGGCGCGCGGCCGCGGCGCGAGUCGCGCGACGGAGAACGCGCCCGCGGAAAAAGAUGGCGACCGGAGGCUCGAAGGGCUGCUGGGAGCGGCGGCCUUCGGCGGGCACGAGGUGGCGAUUGACCUCGACGACGCGGAGGACGCAGACUGCAGAGACGACGGAGCUCAGGCUUUAGCAGGCGCAGUGCAGCCGGCAGGAGAAGCGAGCGCGAGCAGGGUGGGCGAGACGAAAAAGAGUCUGCCAGGCGGCAGCUUGGGCUCGUCGCGCCGUCAAACGACGGAUUUGCGAUCUUUCUUCGGCGUAUCGCAGAGAGGAUCUGCGGCAGGUUGCCGCGGCGCUUCGCAGUCUCAGAUUCCUUCGCUUCUGCCUUCGAAGCGCACGCUCUCUCGCCCGUGUGGCGCAAGCGACGCUCGGGGGUCAGGCGCUGGAGCCAGCGAAGAGAGAGACGCGGAGCGAGACAGAAAGACUUUGAAGGGCCUUGGCCGCGAAGGCGCGAAGCCGACCGCCCUGGGCGCCUCGCUGGCGCCGCCGGAGUUCACGCGGAAGCAGCGAGGCAGCUACACGUCUCAGGAGGACGCCAGACGCAACGAAGACGAACCGACUGGAGAUGAAGAGGAGGACGAUAUGUUUCUGUCGUCGCUCGGCAGAGCCGCGGUAAGGAGUCCAAACGCGGCGAGUGCCUACUGCCGUGACUAA